GAUAGGAGGCAAGAGAGCCGACCCCUUCCAGUGCCGCUCUCCGGGCAAUGCCACUGUAAAUGCCAGGGCAAUGUCCCGUCGCAAGCAGGGGAACCCGCAGCACGUGUCACAGAGAGAAAUAAUAGCACCAGAGAGCGAGCAUGCAGAUGGCGGCAGCGUGCUCUCUGACUCGCUCGCCAUCCCCCACCCGCUCUCCCUCCCGCUCCCUAACUCCCUCGCUAACCACCACCACCACCCGCUCAACCUUCCCCACCCGCUGGACCCCGGCCUGGCUGACGGCGGCUUGCCAGUGGGCAUCCAGGGCGACCACGACCUGCUGACCUGUGGCCAGUGCCAGACCACCUUCCCCUUGGGGGACAUCCUCCUCUUCAUCGAGCACAAGAAGAAGCAAUGCCAGUCGCCCGUGCUCACCAACGGCUGCUACGACAAGAUGGCCGACCGGGGAGGAGGUGGAGGAGGUGGGGGAGGUGGAGGAGGAGGAGGAGGAGGGAGUCCCACACUGCAGAGCCUUCAUCACCAUCACGCUAACCACGCCCCCAGGGGAGAGUUGAAGAAAGUGGUCGAGCCGGUGGAGAUCGGCAUCCAGGUGACUCCUGAGGAAGACGAGGAGGCGGGCGGAGGAGGAGGCGAGAGGGCUGAGAGGACACCCACCAAAGGAAUUUGCCCCAAGCAGGAGAAUGCACCAGCAGGUGGCAGGGACGAGCCUUCCAGCUACAUCUGCACUACCUGCAAGCAGCCCUUCCCCAGCGCCUGGUUCCUCCUGCAGCAUGCACAGAACACCCACGGCAUCCGCAUCUACCUGGAGUCCAAUCCCUCCAGCACCGCCCUCACGCCGCGCAUUACCAUCCCUCCGCCCAUGGGCAGUGAGCCCAUCCCCCAGUCCCCACUCACCAACUUCCUUGGGGAGAACAACCCCUUCCAUCUCCUUCGGAUGACCGGGCCCCUACUGCGAGAGCCCCCGCCGGGCUUCGUGGAGAACCGCCUUCCCAACACCCCGCCCUUUGUCAGCCCGCCGCCCCGCCACCACUUGGACCCGCACCGGCUGGAACGCCUUAGCGCCGAGGAAAUGGGUCUCAUCUCCCAGCACCCUAGUGCCUUUGAGCGGGUGAUGCGCCUGACGCCCAUGGCGAUGGAGUCCCAGUCCAUGGACUUCUCCAGGCGGCUACGUGAGCUGGCGGGGAACAACAAUGCCACCCCGCCUCUCUCUCCCAGCAGGGCCAACCCUAUGCACCGACUGCUCAAUCCCAACCCCUUUCAGCCCGGGCCCAAGUCGCCCUUUCUGAGCACCCCUCCACUACCGCCGAUGCCCCCCAACAGCACCACACCGCCCCAGACGCAGAACAAGAUCAAGUCCUGCGAGUUCUGUGGCAAGACCUUCAAGUUUCAGAGCAACCUAGUGGUACACCGGCGCAGCCAUACUGGUGAAAAACCCUACAAGUGCCAGCUUUGUGAUCAUGCCUGCUCUCAGGCCAGCAAGCUGAAACGCCACAUGAAGACCCACAUGCACAAGGCCGGGUCUCUGACGGGGCGCUCUGAUGAUGGGCUGUCUGCCACCAGCUCACCAGAGCCAGGCACUAGCGACGUGACGGGCGAGGGCAUGAAGAAUCGGGAUGGGGACUUCCAAGGCGAGGGAAAUGAGGAGGAAGAGGAGGAGGAAGAGGAAGAGGAACUGGAGAACGAGAGCCGGCCAGAGUCCAACUUCAGCAUGGAGUCCGAGUUCUACCGCAACCGGGAGAACGGCUCUAAGCCACCCUCCGAUGAGAAGUCCUCGCUCGCCCUUGGCAAGAUGGUGGAGGGAGUAGCGCUUAACUCUUUACAGCAGUUCAAUAACUUGAUUGUUGACAAUCGUAAACGGAUGCCCUUCUCUAAGAGGGGCUCAGAUGGCCAGCGAGACACAGGGGAUGAGGACUCAGUGGCAGGGGAGAUGGACCAUCGGCAGGGAGAGAGGACAACUAUUAAUGGCCGGAACUGUGGCUCCGGCGACUCUUUCUCAGGCCUUUUCCUCCGCAAGCCCACCCCCAUCACCAGCCCCAGCCUGUCCAACUCCUCAAACAAGAGGAUCAAGAUUGAAAAGGACCUGGACAUCCCCCCAGCGCCCCUCAUCCCUUCCGAGAACGUCUACUCACAGUGGCUGGUGGGCUACGCCGCCUCGCGGCACUUCAUCAAAGACCCUUUCCUGGGGUUCACUGAUUCCAGACAAUCGCCUUUCGCCACCUCCUCUGAGCACUCCUCCGAGAACGGCAGCCUGCGCUUCUCAACACCGCCGGGGGACCUGUUGGACGGGGGGCUGUCGGGCCGCAGCGGGACAGCCAGCGGGGGCAGCACCCCUCACCUGGGCGGUGGCCCCGGGCCGGGCCGGCCUAGCUCUAAGGAGAGCCGGAGGAGUGACACGUGCGAGUUCUGCGGGAAGGUGUUUAAGAACUGCAGCAACCUGACGGUGCACCGGCGCAGCCACACCGGCGAGCGGCCCUACAAGUGUGAGCUGUGCAACUAUGCCUGCGCCCAGAGCUCCAAGCUAACACGUCACAUGAAGACGCACGGCCAGCUCGGUAAGGAGGUCUACCGCUGUGACAUUUGCCAAAUGCCCUUCAGUGUGUACAGCACUCUGGAGAAACAUAUGAAAAAGUGGCACGGGGAACAUUUGAUGACCAACGAGGUCAAAAUCGAACAAGCAGAGAGAAGCUAA